AUUCGUCAAGCAAGAAAUGGACGAUAAUGCAGCGCUUGGGAAGCGGCCAGACUCUACGGAGAGCCUGCAAGACAUCGAUGCUGCAGACAAGAAGACUGCAAGCGCCGCCGGCGACAAGCGGCACGCGUGCGGGCAGUGCGGCGAGCGCUUUCCCCACUUCGAGACGCACACGGGCGAGAGGCCGUACGUGUGCGAGGAUUGCGGGAAGAGUUUUCCCGGCUGCUCCGACAUGAAGAGGCACGCCAGGACGCACGCGGGCGAGAGAACGUACGUGUGCGACGAGUGCGGGCAGGGGUUCACGCAGGCGGACAGGUUGCGCGUGCACGCAAGGAAGCACACGGGGGAGAGGCCGUACGUGUGCGCAGUGUGCGCCGUCUCGUGGGUAGAGAAAACGGAGGGGGAGACGGUGGUGCUGGGCUGCACCUGGAAGGUCGAUCCGACGGCCACUGAGCAGCUGGACGUGGAGUGGUUCCUGCAGACGCCCACUACCAACAUCUACUUGGCCACGUUCGUCGGGGACGAGGAGCACAUCUACCCGGACUUCGCGUCCCGCGUGCGCUUCGCGCGCAACGUGACGCAGCGGGACGCGUCGCUGCAGAUCGCCGCGCUGCAGGGGAACGACGGGGGAGUCUACACGUGCAGAGUGAAGUUUGGCGCUUUCAUCCAGCAGGUGCCCAUCAGGCUCGUCGUGCUGGCUGGUGCAGUGAAGGCGAGCCAGCCCAGCUGCGUGGUGAACGGUUCGGUGCUGCAGGGCAAGGAGCUGUCUCUGCGGUGCCUGUCCACAGAGGGAACGUCGCCCAUCAGCUACGAGUGGAAGAAGGCUGGCGGAGAGGAACCAUUACCCUCCGUGCUGGCGAGCAGUAACGCCGGGCGCCGUGACGGGCGCCGUGACGGGCGCCGUGCCGGGCGCCGUGCCGGGCGCCGUGCCGGGCGUGUCUCUCGUCGUCACCGUAAUCGGCUUCUUCGUCUGGUGCCGGCUGCGCAAGCCGGUGUGCAACCGAGACUAUCGCAACGACAGCUGCAGGAUGGACGACUGCCCCCCCGUGUCGAUGAGCCGCCCGCAACCCACGUCCGCGGCCCACGACCCGCCCAGCAUGGUCGACACGCUCCAGAAAACGGCACCACGUUCCGUGCUGUAGCAGACUUGUUCAGCCUCCUGACGGUGUAG